AUGGGCUGGGGCAUGUCGGUGGACCUCGUCGUCAUGGAUUUCAACAGCUUGAAAGACAGUGUCAGCAACCUCACCUUAUACGAUCUCAAGGCAGGCGUACGGAAGGUUCAAAAUGCUGUCAUGAACUUUACAGAAAUGGAGGCCAAGGUUCGAGAGGCGACGAACAAUGAGCCCUGGGGAGCCUCUUCAACGAUUAUGCAAGAGAUUGCCAACGGGACAUUCAACUACCAAACUUUGAAUGAGAUUAUGCCAAUCAUCUAUCGCCGCUUUACCGAAAAGACGGCCGAGGAAUGGCGCCAAAUUUACAAGGCUCUUCAGCUCCUCGAAUUCCUUAUCAAGCACGGGUCUGAGCGCGUGAUCGACGACGCUCGCAGCCACCUGACGCUUCUCAAGAUGCUACGACAGUUCCACUACAUUGACCAAAAUGGAAAGGACCAAGGAAUCAACGUGAGGAACCGGGCCAAAGAACUUACCGAACUUCUAAGCGACGUCGACAAAAUUCGUUCCGAGCGCAAGAAGGCUAGGGCCACGAAGAAUAAGUACACAGGCGCGGGCGGCGGUGCCGGAUCCGGGUUCGGUGGCAGUGGCAUGUCUGGCGGAAGCCGAUACGGCGGGUUUGGCAGCGAUUCUGCUGGCGGAAGCGGCGGCUACGGCGGCUUUUCUGGUGGAGUGUAUGGCGACGGCGGUGUCUUCGGCGCCCAGUCCAAUACAUAUAGCGGUGGCUCUGGGCGGGGAUCUGGGGGUGGCGACCAAUUCGAAGAAUACGACGAGUUUGAUGAGGGCGAGAGACCCGCGGCUUCUUCAUCAGCCUCCCGAUCCUCCCGACAGCCCGAACGAGUCAGCCCCAAGAAGGCCGUGGAACCAGUCAAGAAGAAGGCCCCAGAGGUCGAUUUGUUUUCAUUUGACGACGAGCCUUCGACAACGUCCAACAUACCCGCAGCCAUCCCAGCCGCUCAAAGUUCAGGUGCACUUGGCGGUUCCUCAAACAUAGCCGACGAUGAUGAAUUCGACGACUUCCAAUCGGCAGCGCCUACUUCGCAGCCUGCGGCAAUUGCUCCCCUCUCGCCGCCUAUUACCGCGACCGCGACCGCAACCUCCCAUUUUGCAGCUCCCAAGCCAGUAUCUGCGCCACAACAGGCCAAUCUCAGCAACAUGGUCAAUCUUUCGUCCAUUUCACCCGCUCCUAGCUCCACGGCAACUCCUUCAGCCAACUACUCCGCCUUUGCAGCCCCGCCAGCCGCCUCUUUCGCACAGCAGAAUGCCAAGCCCUCUGGUUACCAACCCAGCGGCCCCAACUACUUUGGAUCUUUCCAGUCGGUCCCCACCGCCACCCAGGCGCCUGCCGCCAGCACAGCCGGCCGCGGCGGGGGUGAUGCCUUCGGGUCUCUGUGGUCCCAGGCGAGUGUCGGUAUCAAGAAGACCAACGUGCCAACGUCGGGUCCAGCUUUGGGCCAGCUUGCGAAGGAGAAGAGUAGCGCCGGCAUCUGGGGAACUACCACGACUACGACUACGCAGUCCCAACCCAAGGCUGGCGGUAGCGCGAGCAAUGAUCUGAAUGACUUGCUCGGUUAA